AUGAAUGCGUCCGACCCCAUCGAGGUCGCCGAGGUGUCCAAGUCCAAGGCACUUCAGCACGAUGUCGACCUGAGCGAGAAGCGCCAGGAUCCUGGCCAGGAUCUGACUAUUGAGCCUGCUCCGGCCGACCAAACUACGGAAGGCGAGGAUGAAGUCCUUCACAAGGUGUAUCCCAGUGAAGAGGACUUGCGGACUCUGCGCCGUGUCGCGGGACGUCUUCACUGGACUAUCUUCACUGUCGCAUUUGUAGAGCUGUGCGAGCGGUUCUCAUACUAUGGAACUACGGCAGUUUUUGUCAAUUUUAUUCAGCGCCCUCUUCCGGCAAACUCGAAGACCGGUGCUCUGGCAGCUGGCGCUGAUUUUAAUAACGACGUGCCUGGAGCUCUGGGAAUGGGGCAACGCGCUUCUACUGGUCUGACACUGUGCACAGUCAAUCAGUUCUGGUCAUACGUGAUGCCAUUGGCCGGUGCAUAUAUCGCUGACCAGUACUGGGGUCGAUUCCGCACCAUCUUUGCAUCCAUUGCUUGCGCUCUCGUAGGACACGUCAUCCUGAUUGUGUCUGCCAUUCCUAAUGUCAUCGCCAAACCUGGUGGCUCGAUUGCUUGUUUUUCGAUCGGUCUGGUCAUCAUGGGUGUUGGAACUGGUGGCUUCAAGUCUAACAUUUCCCCACUCAUUGCUGAGCAAUACCGCGAGGACAAGCCAUAUAUCAAGGUCAUGCCCAAUGGAGAACGGGUGAUCGUUGACCCUGCUGCAACAGUCGCCCGUAUCUAUCUGUACUUCUACCUGAUGGUCAACGUUGGUUCCUUGGUCGGCCAGCUUGCCAUGGUGUACGCUGAGCGAUAUGUUGGAUUCUGGCUGUCUUUCCUUCUCCCCACGCUGAUGUUCUGCAUCUGCCCGACGGUGUUGUACUUCUGCCGGGGCAAGUAUCACCUGGUCCCACCCACGGGCUCGACUUAUACCCAGGCCUUCCGUUUGUGGUCUUUGGCUAUGAAGGGCCGCUGGUCUCUCAAUCCUGUCAAGAUGUUCAAAAAAACUGCACCCGAGCACGAAUUCUGGGAUCACGUUAAGCCCACCACUCUGGGCGCUAACAAGCCUCAGUGGAUGACCUUUGAUGACGCGUGGGUGGACGAAGUUCGCCGUGGACUCAAGGCUUGCCAGGUGUUCCUGUGGUAUCCUCUUUAUUGGCUGGCCUACAACCAGAUGCUUAACAACCUGACCUCCCAAGCCGCAACCAUGCAGCUGAACGGUGUCCCCAACGACGUCAUUAACAAUUUCAACCCCCUUGCUCUGAUCAUCUUCAUCCCCAUCUUUGACCGCCUCGUAUACCCCGGUCUCCGCCGCAUGGGAUUCCACUUUACCCCACUGAAGCGCAUCACCGCUGGUUUCGCCGUUGCCGGCUCCGGCAUGAUCGUUGCCACCGUCACCCAAUUCUACAUCUACAAACUCGGACCCUGCGGCAAAGACGCUAACCGCUGUCUCGAGGAGCUCGGCGAGCACAGUCCCAUCUCCGUCUGGAUCCAAGUUCUCACUUACGUUCUGGGCGGUAUCUCUGAGAUUCUGGCCUCGGUCACCUCGCUCGAGUACGCCUACACCAAGGCCCCCGGAACAUGCGCCGUGGCGCUUUUCACGAAUGCCAUUUCUGCGGCUAUCGGACAGGCGUUGGUGGGUCUUUCUGCGGAUCCGCUGCUUGUGUGGAACUAUGCUAUUGUGGCUAUUUUGGCGUUUGCGGGCUGCGUGGGCUUCUGGUUGACUAAUUUCAAGUUGGAUCAGGAGGAGGAUAAGCUUAACAUGUUGCCUCAGAGUAAGUAUGAGGGUCGGGGGGAGAAGACAGAUGUGGAGGCGAAAUGA